CGGUCUCUCGCUCUCGACCGCAUCGCGAUCCGACACGCGUUUUUUAUUUAAUAUUAGAAAAAUUGAAACGAAAUUUCCCGCGUUGAGUUCUAUUUUUAUAGCAAUCGAUACAAUAAUAAACGAGCGGACACGACGAUUCUCUGCGUAAAAAACUGCUGGCCCCGCACUUACGCACACAGAGUAGGUGCAUUAUUACGAUACGUCAACAUACAUAUACCUAUAUCGCGUAUUGGUCAGCUCGCGCCUCGAGAUCUAGAUUGUCAAACUCUUUCUCUCUCUCUCUCACUCUGCGGCGAUCGUGACGUUGCUUCGCUCUCGUUUGUGUAUACACAUGCGUACUCUACAUGCAAUAUUGCAAUAUAAUCCAUAUAUCGCGCGAUCGAGUCGUCGAGCCAAACAACAGCAGCAGCAGCAGCAACAGCGAGUUUCGCGAAAUGCUGACGGUGGUUAUGGUCUCUGCGAUUGACUCUCCGUGUCGCUCGUCGUAAUAAUAAAAAAGGGACUCAUAAAUGAUGUUUCCAUGGAUGAAGGAGCAGUUGACAGAGGCCUGGAACAGCAGGCGAAGCUCCAAGAGCAGCAAGAAAAGCUCCGCCAAUAAUUCAGACGAUCCGCUGCCCUCGACCUCGCUGGCCGAGAGCUUUACCAUAAGCGUCAUUGGAAUCGAAGGAAAGGUCAUGUACGUCCCAGUGUCGACGGAUUUCACAUUCGAACAAGUGAAGACGCUGGCGAUCGAGCACUUUUAUGGGCACGACAAGCAACAUCCUGCAAAGAACUAUCGACUGGUGCAUGCGACCCAACUGAAACCUCUGUUGGAUGAGAAAAAACUGUCAGAGGAACACAUUUCUGAUUCUGAUGAACUUAUGUUGGUUAAAACAAGAAGCCCACCGGAAAAGGAUACUUUGGCAGAUGACGUGAUAAGAGGACCAUCGAUGGAGCAAAUAUUGAGUGCUACAGCAGAUUUGCCAGUUAAGAAUCCUCCAAAGCCAGUGAUGGCUGCUGACUUUCCAUUUGAUUUCCAAGCCGAAACACGAAGAAUAUUAGUCACUUUGGUGCAAGCUUCUGCUAAAAUUCUGAUGCACAGUCCUGAAGCUGUGCAGUUUUACGCCAUAAUAAAAGAAAAACUAGAAGUUCAAUUGAAACCUCCCAAUGACCCAAAAGCUGUGAAAUUUUUAGUUGACAUGGGAUUUUCUGAAAGAAAAGCAUUGAGGGCUCUUCAACUUAGAAAAAUGAAUACAUCUGAAGCUCUGGAGUGGCUAGUUGAACAUGAAGAUGACCCAGAAGAUACUGAGGAAUUGCAGCUACCUUUGUUGGAAUCAAUAUUAGAAGAAGCUGGACCUAGUUCAUCAAGUCAAGAAGAAAAUAGAAAGCCAAACCUAGUUAAAAUUGUUAAUCUCUUAUUAGAUAGUUAUAUACAUUACCUUAAAUUAGAUUUCAAACCUGAUCCACAUUUAGUGGAAUCUUUUGAAGAAAUGGGAUUUGAAAAAAAACAAAUUUUAGAAACACUGAAAAUUACUGGAAAUCAUUCAACCAACGCUUGCGCUUGGUUAGUAGGAGAGAGGCAUUACAGUCUAGAUAAUUUAUAUGAAGGGAUUGAUCCUAAGAGUCCAAUUUACGAGGCUAUCAUGAGCAAUCCACAAAUUCAAUUGAGCCUCACGAAUCCAAAAAUGCUACUCGCUUACCUGUCGAUGUUGGAGACACCCUCGUCAACGACCAUAUGGAUGAAGGAUCCACAGGUGUCGCCCGUCAUUAAUCAAAUUUUCAAAACGUUCCACGCGGAGAAGCACGCCAUCCAUGUCAAUCGCUACAGCAACAGCUAGCGUCAUGCAGCAACGAUAAUAGCGUCGCGUUCGAAUGAAGAGAUAAAAAAAAAAUACAUAUAUUUUUUUAUACAAAAUUUCUAUGUGAAUCGUCUGUUUAGAGAAACUGCGCAAACUGCCCCGCGGUGUUUGUAAUUUAAUUAGAUGACAGAGAGCAAAACAAAACAAAAAAAAAACCUAUCUAGUCGCCGCAAUAUGACUCGUUAUUUUUUCGCAAAGGGAAAAUCACAAAUAGUUUUUCUUUACAGAUGUACUUAUAGUCAUUAACAACGACUUUUUAAAUUGUCUUUUUAAAAUCGUAUAGAUAGAAAUAUAUAUUCAAGUUUUUCUAUAAAAAUGCUUUAUUAGGAAACAAAAUGUUACGUCAAUGAUAAAAAUGUUACAUAUUAAAUUAUGAUAAUAAUAAUAAAAAAAAUAAACGUUAAACUAGUUUUUACAAUACUAUAAUUGUUACGGAAAGUUGUAAUCGUCUGUACGUUCCAAAUGAACAUUCGAUUCGUUAAAAAAAAAAAUUAUUAUUUAUACACGCUCGACUGUUUUAUAAAAAAAAAAAAGCUCACACUGACGUAUCUAUAUAAUCACGGAAAUUCUUCAAAGUGUAGCCCAAUAGUUAUGUCUGUUAUAUUGAUAACUUAUAUCAGAGUAAAUUAUUAAAGCUGUUGAACUAAAUCUGGAGAUAUGUUAAUUUCCUUGGGAUGUAAUAAAAAACAAGUUUGUUAACAUCG